AUGCCGUACAAUAUUGCUAUGGUCAGCGACAAUUUCUACCCUCAACCCGGAGGAGUCGAAAGUCACAUGUACCAACUGUCCAGUAAACUCAUCGACCGCGGCCACAAAGUAAUCGUCAUAACACACGCCUACGCCGGCCGGACUGGCGUUCGCUACCUGACCAACGGCCUGAAAGUCUACUACGUCCCUUUCUGGGUUAUAUACCGCGAAACCACCUUUCCGACCGUCUUCUCCUUCUUUCCCAUAUUCCGAAACAUCGUCAUCCGCGAAAACAUCGGCAUCGUACACGGCCAUGCUAGUCUCAGUAGUCUGUGCCACGAGGCGAUUCUGCAUGCGAGGACUAUGGGGUUGAGAACCGUCUUCACAGAUCACAGUCUCUUUGGAUUCGCGGAUGCGGGAAGCAUACUCACGAACAAGCUUCUCAAGUUUACCCUGAGUGACGUGGACCAUGUUAUCUGCGUUAGUCAUACUUGCAAAGAGAACACCGUCCUUCGAGCCUCGCUAGACCCUCUCAUGGUCUCUGUCAUACCCAACGCGGUCGUUGCAGAGAACUUCCGUCCUCUAUCCCACGAUUCGGUCGAUUCAAAAGAUACAAAGAAGGCGCCUGGUCCGCGGCAACCAAUGGGCCCUGAUGAGAUUAUCACCGUCAUUGUCAUACAACGGCUAUACUACAACAAGGGCACCGACCUGCUAGUCGCUGCUAUACCCCACAUCGUUGCUGCGAACCCAAACGUUCGCUUCAUCAUCGCUGGCAAUGGGCCAAAGGCUAUUGAUCUCGAACAGAUGAUCGAGCGCAAUGUGUUGCAAGACAAGGUUCUCAUGAUCGGUCCAGUCCGUCAUGAAGAAGUGCGAGAUGUCAUGGUACGGGGCCACAUCUACCUCUGCCCCUCAUUGACAGAGGCUUUCGGAACCGUCAUUGUGGAAGCUGCAUCAUGUGGGCUUUACGUCGUAGCAACCCGGGUUGGAGGUAUCCCUGAAGUGCUGCCCACCCACAUGGUUGAAUUCGCGGCACCCGAAGAAGACGAUCUUGUCGUAGCAACAGGCCGUGCCAUCGCCAAACUACGAGCUGGAAAGGUCAGAACCGAGCUCUUCCAUAACCAGGUCAAGCAGAUGUACUCCUGGACCGACAUUGCGCAGCGAACAGAGAGAGUCUACGACGGCAUUAGCGGCGUAAUCAGUCACAGCGAUUUCUACCAAGGCGCAGGAGCAGCUGGCGCAUGGAGUGCCACGCGUGGUCGUGCAGGAGUGCAAAGUUUCGCUCUUAUCGAGCGGCUGAAGAGAUACUUCGGUUGCGGCAUCUGGGCAGGCAAGCUCUUCUGCAUCUGUGUCAUCGUCGACUACCUCAUCUACCUCGUUCUGGAAAUCUUCGCACCCAGAUCACGCAUCGACAUAUGCUAUGAUUGGCCUAAGAAGGUCAUGCAAGCGAAAGGAGAAGUCAACAAGCUGUUCGUACCCGAAAUCGACCCUGAAAAGGGAACUUUACUCCGAAAGAGAAGCUCGAGGCAUCGAAAACCGAAGAGAGAGGAACCAGAGGAUAGUUGA